AUGGCCAUUAUUGCCACAAAGCUGACCCGGUUUGCCGGGUGUGAUGGCGGACCAGAUCUAGACGCAGGGCUGGACUCACUCCUCAGCUCGAGCCUGUUAGAAGAUGAUUUGAUCGGAGACGCUCUAUCCCUUGACCAGUUCCGCAAGGCCAUCAUAUUGGCCUUUUACGAGUUCCAUCAAUUCCCAGGCCACCACUCCUGGUUGCGCAUUGGUAGGGUAACGCGCAUGGCCUAUCGUAUUGGCCUGGACCGAAUCGACCAUAUCCGCCUGCUCUACCCUGACUGGAGCAUGGUGAGCGAUGAAGAUAUCCAGGAAUGGCGGGCGCUAUGGUGGUGUAUCUACCGACUCGACACAUACUCCAAUCUCGCCUUAGGGACACCGUAUCAAAUUGACGAUACCGUCAUCAACACCUUCUUUACCUUCAGCGAGACAAAGAGUGCCUCCCAGGGAAUCCUCCUACCUCCCAACUCGGACGGUCUAUCUGAACUUCUCCCAGCAAUCACAUCAGACCCAGAGACCUUGCUGGAUAACAUUCACAACGUCACAAUCGCCACCAUGCGUCAGGCCGGCAUCGUCCUCCGCAUGCACAUGCUGCAAUGGCGAGCCGGGAUACUGGCGCAACUCGCCAAGGUCGAACGCCAGCUGACUACACUCCGUGUCGCCCUCCCACCCGGCUGGCUUAACCCGCGGCGUAACGCGUUCUCAAACGAGACCCCGGUCGACCACCACGCCAGGCUUAUCACUGUAUUCCAUCUGCGAAUGGCGCAGCUGCUUGUCUCCAUCGUGGACUGCGGUCAGAGACGAGCAGACGACUGGGUAUCAAGUUGGCAGCGAAUUCUCGAGGCAUGCCAGGACAUUGCCACGCUGGCGGGCCAGUGGGAUAGCGCAUUUUGUCUCACGGUGGACCCAGCUAUCACGUUCACCAUUUUCACAGCACUCAUCUUCCUCGGUCUGCACAGGAAAUCGGGGCCGCCGCUUGAUGACAGUCUCCGCUCGAGUAUCGACCAUGACAUCACCGUGCUUCAUCUGCAGCUCAAGCAUUUUGGGACCAUCUGGACGCAGGCGAGGCUGCUUACUUGUAAGUUCCCAGCCUGCCCUAUCCUGGCAUAA